AUGGCUUCGGGAGCCUUUGGAGGGAGAGAGAGGCAGGACGCCGAUGGAAUCGCUCAACUAGGACCGGGCCGGGACUGUGGCUCCUCCGCUUCUUCAUCAUCAUCAUCCUCUUCUUCAUCCUCAUCCUCCUCGUCUCCUCAGUUGAAGCCAGAGCUACUCCAGCCUUACUCCUCGUCGGGGGCCACCCUGAACCCCAACCAAGUCGGGGAGACCUCUUUAUACGAGGUCCCCAUCGUGUCCUUAGUCAUCGACGGCCAGGAGCGCCUCUGCCUGGCGCAGAUCUCGAACACGCUGCUCAAGAACUACAGCUACAAUGAGAUCCACAACCGUCGGGUGGCGCUGGGCAUCACCUGCGUCCAGUGCACCCCUCUCCAGCUGGAGAUCCUCCAAAGGGCCGGGGCCAUGCCCAUCUCUUGCCGCUGGGGCAUGAUCACCAAGCGGGAGGCCGAGCGGCUCUGCAAGUCCUUUUGGGGGGAGCACAGGCCCCCCAAGUUGCCCGGGAACUUUGCCUUCGACGUGGCCCACGAAUGCGCCUGGGGCUCCCGGGGCAGCUUCAUCCCAGCCAGGUACAGCAGCUCAAGGGCCAAGUGCAUCAAGUGCGCCUUCUGCAGCCUCUACUUCUCACCCAACAAGUUCAUCUUCCACUCGCACCACACACCGGAGGCCAAGUACACGCAGCCCGACCUCAGCCACUCCUGGGAGGACGUCAAGGCCAUGUUCAACGGAGGGAUCCGCAAAAGGACCUUCUCCCUCCACGGAUCGGGCCACAGUGGCUCAGGAUCGGGACCCAAGACCAGCCAUGUCCACACUGACCUUGCCCCUGUCCACAAGAGCCUGCGUUGUAGCACCACAGCCCCCUUGGCUGAAGAGCAGCAGCAGCAGCAGCCCGCCACGAUGGGCGACCGAGGCCAAGGGGGCAUGGCCUUACCAUCCAACCCGGCCCCCUCCUCAGUGCGGAGCUAUCCGGUCAUCCCAGUGCCUACCAUGGGCCCACCAUACCCAGGACAAAGCCAAGCCAAGGCGGCUGCCACAGCGGUGGUGGUCACAGCUGCAGCUGCAGCAGCCGCAGCCACAAUUGAGGCCCUAGGUUUGCGAGGUCCCCCUCUGGGACAUGGGGAGCUGGAGGGAUCAGAGCCCUCGGGGAACGAAAGGGGCACCCCACAAGAAGGGUCCGGGUUCGGCUCCUCCGAAGGGCAGGGGGCUCCAGAGGAAGAGCGGUCAGCAGCCGUCGAGGAAGCCCUGCUGCUCCCUUUGCCGCUCCCUCGGAAGGGCAGCUACCUCUUGGCCUUCCGUCCGGUGGUCAAGGACGCGGAGAGUAUCGCCAAGCUCUAUGGCAGUGCCAGGGAGGCCUAUGGGGCAGGGGCCAGGGGUGGCUGCAAUGACCCCCCCUGAGGGGGCCCACCACCAGGCCAACUCUCUCCGGACUUCCUCAGCGAAGGCAGCUCCAGCUACAGGUCGUUCUCUCCGGGGAACGAGAUAACGGGCCUCUCCUGCCCCCUCUUUGGUGACGGAGACUCAGGAGGCCCCGAGAAGACCCCCGAGAAAGGCCCAUCAACGGAGGGGAAGACCCCUGAGAGGAGUAGCAGCCCAGGAGGCUACCAGGUUUAUCCUCCCCAAGAAGAAGGACCCCAGACCCUCAAAAGCAACCCUCCUCUGGCAGUACCUCUGCACCCCUGA